UCGAACAUUUUUUUCUCGACAAUCGAAGAGUGCGGUUCACCGAAUCCGCGGCCUUUUUCUCGUUAAAAGUUAAGCAAAAGUUCUGAAAGUGCAGUUCCGAAAAUGAAGUUCCUAAUUGUCUUAAGUGUCCUGGUGGCCGGGGCCCUGGCCGAUGGACCGAAAGUCACGGAUAAGGUGUUCUUCGACAUCACGAUCGGAGGCAAGGAAGCCGGCCGCAUCGUGAUCGGUUUGUUCGGUGCUACCGUUCCGAAGACUGCACGUAACUUCAAGGAGCUGGCCGAGAAGACGGUCGUCGGUGAAGGAUACAAGGGCAGCAAGUUCCAUCGCGUGAUCCGCGACUUCAUGAUCCAGGGUGGUGACUUCACCAAGGGUGAUGGUACCGGUGGUCGCUCGAUCUACGGCGAGCGCUUCGCCGACGAGAACUUCAAGCUGAAGCACUUCGGUGCCGGUUGGCUGUCGAUGGCGAACGCGGGCAAGGACACUAACGGUUCCCAGUUCUUCAUCACCGUUAAGCAGACGAGCUGGCUCGACGGUCGGCACGUCGUGUUCGGCAAGGUGCUGGAGGGCAUGAGCGUCGUGCGCAAGAUCGAGAACACUGCCACCGAUGGUCGCGAUCGUCCAUCCAACGAUGUCGUGAUCGCCGAUUGCGGCUCCCUGCCGGUCAGCGAACCGUUUGCGGUCGAGAAGAGUGAUGCCACCGAGUAGGCGUUUGGUGGCUUACCCGACAAGGAGAGAGUGAGAGAGAGAGAGAGAGAGAGAGAGAGAGAGAGAGAGAGAGAGAGAGAGAGAGAGAGAGAGAGAGAGAGAGAGAGAGAGAGGGGGAGAGAGAGAGGGAAAGGUGCUCGUGUCUCUGUGCGGUGCCUCUGCUGAAUACGUAGAUCGAUCUUCCUUCGCCGUUACUUCAAACAUCCGCCUGUUGCUAUCGGCGUUGCUACGCACCGUCCUAUCAAAUCAUCUGGGCAUCACUCUUCUCCAAAUAUUUUUGCAUUUAUGAUCUGCCAGAGACACGAACCAGGAAGAUUUAGACAAACGAAUUGUGACAACGACGACCGUAACAGCAGAGCACCACACUGUGGUAAACGAUUUUUGUAACAAAUAAUAAAUGAGGAGAUCAUCGAGUAUA